AUGCUGUUGGGGAAAGCCGGUGUGCUGAAGGCCCAGGCAGCUGCCGAGGCGGAGGCGAAGGCCACGCUGGAGGGCGGCGGUGGAGCUCUGGACAAGGAGCUGAUCAGGUUGGCCACGGAGAUGGAAACAUCAAGCGAGGAGGCCUCCAAGUCUGUGGCAGGAUGCAUGGCCCGCAUGGAUGGCGCCACAAACAUGAUGCGGAUACGUGGACCAACGGAGGAGCUGAAGGCUUCGGCUGGUGUUCUGCAGAAUCGGGCGCGGACGGUCAAGUCAAGCCUCGAAGAGAUGCUGCAGAAGGCCCGUGCUGCCAAAGUCACCGCGGCUCAGCGUGUCGAGCGCGAAGUGCGGAAAGCCGAGGCCUUGAAGGAGGCCGCGCGCCAGGAAGCCAUCUUCAGGCAGUACGACCAGGACAGCGAUGGGCUGCUCGAUGAGUCCGAGAUUCGAGCUUAUAUCGCUGGCGAGUACACCUUUGAGCUUGCAGAGGAGAAGCUCACGCAGAUCCUUUCAGCGAGUCCCGAUGGCGUUUCGCACGCGGACUUCGCAAAGCUGAGGUCGCAGAUAAACGGCGCCUGGAAUGAGGUCUUGAACAAGCAGAGGAAGGAGAAGAACGACAAGCAGAUGGCGAUGAUCAAGAAGAACUCCGCCGAGAUCCUGUCGGCCCUGAGCGGCGUUGAAAGCGAAGUCGCGAAGGCCGAGGCCCAGGUCCGGAUACUGGGCCCCAUGGUCACACGUGGUGUGACCAUGCUGGACAUGCUUGGCGAGAGGACCGAGGCGGCGGAGAGUGCUGUCGAUGCUGCCAGAGACUUCUUGGCCGCUGCGAAGGAGCAGGCCUUGGCGUUGGGUGUCGACAGCAACUUCGAGACCGAGGCCAAGCAGAUGGCUGCUGUGGAGGCCAGGAAUCUGCAGAUGAAGGUCACGGCGCUUGAGAAUCGUGUCAACACGGCAGCGCACGUGUCCAAGGCCGCCCGGAGCAAAAUCCAGCUCCAGGAGCGGAAGGCGGCUCUCCUCAGGGAGGCGCCGCAAAAAGAGCGGCACCGAGUGUGGGACCUUCAGUUAGUGAAGCCAGUGACCAGUGGACAAAUGGCUCUUGCCCGGAAGCAAAGCCCAGGUGUCCAAGCCUUCAAGCUCUUCUGCGCAAACGUUCCAAGGUUCGGCUUCCAUGUCUGCCUGCAUCGCAUGCAGAAGAAUCAUGCAGCUGCAGAUGGUGAAUGCGUCGACUCCGAAGAUGGGCCCGGCAGUGCCACAGCAGAGGCUGCCAUGGUCGCCCUGGUAUUCGGAUUGGCCGCAGCAGUCGGUCGCUUCUCCAAGCCCGCCCCACCUCUGACGAUCUGA